AUGCCCGCCCUCCCGCUGGUCAUCGACUUGGACGCGAUCCGGCAGGGCCUCGACGACGACCUGACCCUCGCCGCCCGCCGCCUGCACAGUGUCGGCCACGUCCUGCUCCGGCGAGACACAAACAACCACGUCGGCGAAGUGGUCGCUGUUGUCGCCGCCAUCUUUGUCAGUAUGAGUUUGUUGCUGUACUGGGGCAUCAAAAAAGGGGGCUCUUGCGAGUGUGCAGGACGGAAGAAGUAG